AUGCCUGAAGCAAAAACUAACAGACGUAAAUCAAUCCUCAAGAGGCUAAGCUUGAAGCCGUGGCUAGGUCGCUUGCGCCGAAAGUCAGCAGAAACAGGACUUCGGUCACCAACAGGUGUCGCUGAUAUUUUUCAAGAGCAUGUCGAUGACGCACCUUUCAAAGAAAAACCUAGUACAAUUGUCCAAGACAUCAACGUGGAAAUACCCUCAUCGGGAGAAGAGAAUAAGGAGAACCUUCAAGUUGCCGCUAAAGUUCCUGCCAAUCAUGAUGUAGUGGAUGAGAAAAGAGGGACGAUCCUUCGAGAUUUCUCUUCUUCAAACGUCGUCGGCAGAGACCAUGCUGAUGCCUUUUCGGGCACCGUCUUCCUGCCGAGCUUUCAUCGAGUCAGUCCCUUGAGCUGGGGUAGCACCGGCAAUUCCAUUUUUGGGCAACAGAGUUCUAGCGCAAACAUUACCAGUUCGACGGAAGAUCAAGUUUCGGCAUCAUCAACAUACUUCACUCCGGUUAACAAAGAUGACAACGAAGUAAACAAUGAUGAGGUAGAAGAAGAUAAUGAGAAAGAAUCUGAUGAAGCCAAGGAAUGGGCAAACGGCAGAUGCAUGGUAGAAGAAUCGGAUACUACUGACGCUGUGGUUGGUGAUCAGGAGAGCGCACAAGACCCCGCACAAGUUUCAUCCUUGGGCCCGCAGAUCGGUACCCGUAUGAAUAAUGGACAGCCAGAAGUCAAGGGCAACGCUGGAAUGACCAGAAGUGGAGAAACGGAUGAAGACGAAGUUGGUAUGCCUAGCACCGGAGACUUAGAUGUAGAGGAAUAUUUAGAUCAAGGCAGCGACGAAGAUAAAGCCACCCCAAGGAAGACGAAGGCGCCAUUCAAGGAAGACUCUCACGUUGACAAUGACGCACAAUUAACAGAUGAUUUUGAUAUUCAAACAGUAGGGUCCUUUGAAACUGCCAUCCAGAGUGAACGGGAGACCAAAGCAAUAGUUCAAAAAGUGUUAGAUACUUCUUUGGACACGGUGCCUCAACCCUCGGAGCCAGACGACAAUUUAUGUGUGACCGCGAAAGGCACAGGAGAAUCACGCCAGACGGAACAAGGAGGCGUUGAUGAUGAGGAUCAACACAAAUGCACAAGUGGGAUCACAGAGACGAAGGCGGGAACCUCCCCAGGGCAAGAUGACAAUGAUGCGCCCGAAAAUCCUAAUGACGGUAACGAAACCGAAGCAGAGAAGGAUCAAGAAACCCCACAAGACGAUGAUGUGCACGAAAAUCCCGGAAUGGAAACCAACAGAAACAAAACCGAAGAAGACAAGGACGAAUCAACCCUUGCUGAUCAGGCUGAUGAAAGCAUGAAUCCAGAGGAAUUGUUCAAGAAAGGAGAAACCGUGCUUGUGGACAUCGUGAAGGGGAAGUAUAAAAGUUCCAAACAAGCGAAGAUCAUUGACAUUAGGAAGCGUAUCAAGCUCCUCAUCAGUGGCGAAGAGCACUGGCUCAACCGAUCGUCUCUGGAGUUCAACGGGAAAACAUUUCCAGACCACGUAGAUCAGGGCGCACAGCAGAAACCAAACAAGACGGCGCCGAAUCCUCCAGAGUCUUGCACAUUCCAGAUCCAGAUCUACGAAAGGGUCAACAUCGUCAAGGGAAAAUAUGAGGGCCAAAGCGGCACUGUCAUGGAGAUAAAAACCAGGAUUAAAGUAUUGCUUGAUGGAACUGGCGAGAAUCCGUGGUUAGCCAAGACAUCCUUGGACGGUCUUGGCGUACAAGCAGACCCAAUCCCGACACAGAGCCAGGCAAACGGAACAUCGUCAGAGAAACCCAGCGGCACCAAAAGGGAGACGUCAACUGGACGAACCAGCGGAACCUCGAGGGCAAGGUCGAAAACUACUAAUCCUGCAGCUUCGGCAUUGAUAAAUGAAGAUUGGCGUAUCGCGAACAGCGAAAAAGGUGGCGACAGCUUUGGAGCGUGGCGAGUGUUUAAACUUAAACUCAAAUCGAACCCUGAAGAAGCAAACCUGCUGUCUCAUUGGUUGCAAGGUAGAAUGCUUAUCUGCGAGAUUCCUUUGGACAAAGAAGAGCUGCCGGUGCUUACUGAAUCCCCUCCGAAGAUAGUUGAAAAAGACGGGUCAAAAUUCGAGCUGAUCGUUUCUAAAAUCCAAAGCGAUGGGGACAGAGUAGCUCCUGCUGGUGCGCCUGCAUUGCAGUGCAUUCAUCUGUAUUACUGCCAAGUGGAAGGUCCGGGUUUGCAGCCGAUCGCGCUUCAAGAGGAGCUCGAGAGAAUCGCCGACUUCGGCGGCCUCAAUCCGGCAAAGGUUUGUCCCAGGUUGGAGCUGCUUGUGAGCCCUGCAUACAAAUGUACGGCAAAACGCCAAGAUGGAAAGACCCACAGCAUCUUUGUCCUAAAGCAGAGUACCUUUGGUGAGAUUGAAGAAAACGGCAACGAAGGUUGUGGUUUCAUCUCCAGAGACUUAUUGGAAGAGUUCCUUGGCAACGGGGUAGCCGCAAAGCGCACAUAUGCCAUUCAAGUGAGAGGUUUCUCUGCCCUUGGUAUGUUCAAAGGCAUGCUGGUCACCAAGCUUAUGACACCAGGCGAACCCGCCAUCCAGAUUCCUUCAUCAAUGAUUGUGGUAGGUCCUUCGAGGUCGAGUGACCCUGAAGAGAAAGCGCUUCUUAUUAUCAACCGGAAUGGUGUCCACCCCAACAACACCAACCGGCAAUUGGGCAAGGUUUUGCAAGGAGAUGGCGCCUGCAAAACUUUCAAAGACCAGCAAGGAAAGAAGAAGAUCUCCGAAAUGUUCCACCGGCUUUGGACUGGAUUGGGCGUUCCCAAGGAAACUCUCCUCGAGUACACCAAGCGAUGCAGAAAAGUAGAAGAGCAAAACCAUGGAUUUGUAGUUGGGCUUGCAGACCCAACGUCCGAACUGCCCCAUGGCACUGUCUUCAUUCCCGGUUUGGACCACACAGGUGAAAUUUUUGUUACUCGGUCGCCUUGUAUUGAAACAUCAGAUGGCAGAUUGGUCCCUGUCGUCACUUCAAAACCAGACCAGAUGUCAGCAGAAAACUGGGAAAUGCUGCAAGAGCUCCCGUUUGGUGCAAUCAUCUUUUCCAAUCCCAAGCCAGGUAUGACUCCAAUGCCUGUCCUGAUCGCUGAUGGUGAUCUAGAUGGCGACCUCUACUUCAUCUGCUGGCAUAAACCUAUCAUCGAGCAAGUCACGGUGAAGCCCAUGGUCGACGUGCCAUAUAAUGACAGCAAGAAAGCCUUCCCAUAUCAGCGUGAUUGGCUGUCAAGCGCACAAGAGCGUAUGGUCGAUGCUGAAGCGUCUCUGAAAGUGGCACAGGUCAUUGGUAAGCUUUACAAUAAGGCCAUCAAGAUUGCACAAGAAGCAAAAGAGUCCUCCAACUUCCUCGAGGAUAAGGACUACCGAGCAUAUGCCAAGGCGUACAAAGAGUCUCUCAAGAUUGGAAAGCACGGAGGUAAGGUGCCUCUCCCAGCGCGACUUCAUGACCAGCUGCCUUCAAAAUUUCGUGAUAUCCUGGCGGACACUGAGGGGUAG